AGUCAACAUGGACGCGUCCAUUUGAACCUCUCGCCUGAGUGGUUCUCCUGCAUGCCUGCCUGUCAUUAGCAGUCGUGUUCGCAGCUGCUGCCCAGUCUUCCUCCGGAAUAGGGGAGGGAGAGGGAAUGAGAAGCUGCAGCGGCCGAGGAGUCACCGUGACCGUCCCCGCCGCCACCCUCGGGCCCCCUCGGCCCUCGCGCCCCGGGGAGCAGCCGGGGCUCGCCGCGCCUGACGCGUCCCGAGUCACACAGAAAUAAUGUUGAUAUUUGGAACCCAUGUCGAACUUCUAUGAAGAAAGGGCAACAAUGAUUGCAGCCGGGGAUUUGCAGGAAUUUGUUCCAUUUGGUCGAGACCACUGCAAGCACCACCCUAAUGCUUUGAACCUUCAGCUUCGCCAGCUGCAGCCAGCGUCGGAGUUAUGGUCUUCUGAUGGUGCUGCUGGCUUGGUGGGAUCCCUUCAGGAGGUUACGAUCCACGAGAAACAGAAGGAGAGCUGGCAGUUAAGGAAAGGCGUAAGUGAAAUUGGAGAAGAAGUAGAUUACGAUGAGGAACUCUAUGUGGCUGGAAAUAUGGUUAUCUGGAGCAAAGGAAGUAAAAGCCAGGCAUUGGCCGUUUAUAAAGCGUUUACAGUUGACAGUCCUGUUCAACAGGCAUUGUGGUGUGACUUCAUUAUAUCACAGGAUAAGUCUGAAAAGGACUACAGUAGUGAUGAAGUAGAAAAAUGCAUAUGUAUAUUGCAAAGCUCAUGUAUUAACAUGCACAGCAUAGAAGGAAAGGAUUACAUAGCUUCUUUACCUUUUCAGGUUGCAAAUGUUUGGCCCACGAAGUAUGGCUUGUUGUUCGAACGAAGCAGCUCUUCACAUGAGGUUCCUCCAGGCCCACCCAGAGAACCUUUACCCACCAUGUUCAGCAUGCUGCAUCCACUAGAUGAAAUUACACCUCUUGUUUGUAAAUCUGGAAGUCUUUUUGGUUCAUCACGGGUACAAUAUGUUGUAGAUCAUGCCAUGAAAAUUGUUUUUCUCAACACUGAUCCCUCCGUUGUAAUGACCUAUGACACCGUUCAAGGUUUGCAUUCUGUGUGGGCUCUCCGGAGAGUCAAAACAGAGGAAGAGAAUGUUGUUUUAAAGUUCUCUGAACAGGGGGGCACCCCACAGAAUGUGGCCACCAGCAGCUCGCUCACAGCACACCUCAGAAGCCUCUCCAGGGGAGACUCCCCCGUGGCUUCCCCCUUCCAGAACUACUCCUCCAUCCACAGCCAGAGUCGCUCAACCUCCUCGCCCAGCCUACACUCCCGCUCACCUUCCAUUUCCAACAUGGCAGCUCUCAGUCGUGCUCAUUCUCCAGCCUUAGGAGUGCACUCUUUUUCAGGGGUGCAAAGGUUCAACCUUUCAAGCCAUAAUCAAUCUCCAAAGAGACACAGUAUUUCUCAUUCUCCAAAUAGUAAUUCUAACGGCUCCUUUCUUGCACCGGAAACAGAGCCAAUUGUUCCUGAACUUUGUAUGGACCAUUUAUGGACAGAAACGAUUACUAAUAUAAGGGAGAAAAAUUCACAGGCCUCAAAAGUCUUUAUUACAUCUGACCUAUGUGGGCAGAAGUUCUUGUGCUUUUUAGUAGAGUCCCAGCUCCAGUUACGAUGUGUAAAGUUUCAAGAGAGUAAUGAUAAAACCCAGCUCAUCUUUGGCUCCGUCACCAACAUACAGGCAAAGGAUGCAGCUCCAGUGGAGAAGAUAGACACUAUGCUGGUCCUGGAAGGCAGUGGAAACCUGGUGCUGUACACAGGAGUGGUUCGGGUGGGAAAGGUUUUUAUUCCUGGGCUGCCAGCUCCCUCCCUGACAAUGUCAAACACGAUGCCUCGGCCCAGCACCCCACUUGACGGCGUUAGUACCCCUAACCCUCUGAGUAAGCUGCUUGGAUCCCUGGAUGAGGCUGUUCUCUUGUCCCCAGUUCCAGAACUAAGGGAUUCUUCAAAGCUUCAUGAUUCUCUCUAUAAUGAGGAUUAUACUUUCCAACAGCUUGGAACUUACAUUCAUUCUAUAAGAGACCCUGUCCAUAACAGGGUAACGCUAGAACUGAGUAAUGGCUCCAUGGUUAGGAUCACUAUUCCUGAAAUUGCCACCUCUGAGUUAGUACAAACUUGUUUGCAAGCAAUUAAAUUUAUCCUGCCAAAAGAAGUAGCUGUUCAGAUGCUUGUCAAGUGGUACAGUGUCCACAGUGCUCCAGGAGGACCCAGUUAUCACUCAGAGUGGAACUUAUUUGUGACUUGUCUCAUGAACAUGAUGGGUUAUAACACAGACCGCUUAGCAUGGACAAGGAAUUUUGACUUUGAAGGAUCACUUUCCCCAGUCAUUGCACCCAAAAAAGCAAGACCUUCUGAGACGGGAUCUGAUGAUGACUGGGAAUAUUUACUAAAUUCAGACUACCACCAGAAUGUUGAGUCUCAUCUUUUGAAUAGAUCUUUAUGUUUGAGUCCUUUGGAAGUUUCACAGAUGAAGGAUGAGGAUUUGUCACAGAAUCUCAGUUUGGACUCUUCUACACUUCUUUUCACUCACAUACCUGCAAUUUUUUUUGUUCUUCACCUGGUCUAUGAGGAGCUUAAGUUGAACACUCUAAUGGGAGAAGGAAUUCGUUCACUUGUUGAACUUCUCAUUCAGUUGGCAAGGGACUUAAAAUUGGAGGCUUAUGUAGAUCAUUACUAUAGAGAUUACCCAACACUUGUCAGAACUACUGGACAAGUGUGUACAAUUGAUCAAGGACAAACAGGAUUUAUGCAUCAUCCAUCAUUUUUUACUUCUGAGCCACCAAGUAUUUAUCAGUGGGUGAGUUCUUGUCUGAAGGGUGAAGGAAUGCCACCCUAUCCUUACCUCCCCGUCAUCUGUGAAAGAAGCAGACUUGUAGUCUUGAGUAUUGCACUCUACAUACUUGGUGAUGAAAGUUCUGUUUCUGAUGAAUCCUCACAGUAUUUAUCCAGAAUAAGUAUAGCCCCACAGAAGUCACAAGCAGAACAAGAGGAGAACAGGUUUAGUUUCAGGCAUUCUACAUCAGUUUCUAGUCUAGCUGAGAGAUUAGUCAUCUGGAUGACUAAUGUAGGUUUCGCUUUAAGAGACUUGGAAACUCUUCCCUUUGGAAUUGCUCUUCCCAUCAGAGAUGCGAUUUAUCACUGUCGGGAGCAGCCUGCUUCAGACUGGCCAGAAGCUAUCUGCCUCUUGAUUGGACGCCAGGAUCUUUCUAAGCAGGCCUGUGAAGGAAACUUGCCCAAAGGGAAAUCUGUGCUCUCAUCAGAUGUUCCUUCAGGAACAGAAACUGAGGAGGAAGAUGAUGGCAUGAAUGACAUGAAUCAGGAGGUGAUGUCACUAAUAUGGAGUGAAGACUUAAGGGUGCAGGAUGUGCGAAGGCUUCUUCAGAGUGCGCAUCCUGUCCGCGUCAACGUGGUGCAGUACCCAGAACUCAGUGACCAUGAGUUCAUUGAGGAAAAAGAGAACAGAUUGCUCCAGUUGUGUCAGCGAACUAUGGCUCUUCCAGUAGGACGGGGAAUGUUUACCUUGUUUUCAUACCAUCCUGUUCCAACGGAGCCAUUGCCUAUUCCUAAGUUGAAUUUGACAGGGCGGGCACCCCCUCGGAACACAACAGUAGACCUGAACAGUGGCAACAUCGAUGUGCCUCCCAACAUGACCAGCUGGGCCAGCUUCCAUAAUGGUGUGGCUGCCGGCCUGAAGAUAGCCCCUGCCUCCCAGAUCGACUCAGCCUGGAUUGUCUACAAUAAGCCCAAGCAUGCCGAGUUAGCCAAUGAGUAUGCUGGCUUUCUCAUGGCCCUGGGUCUGAAUGGGCACCUUACCAAGCUGGCUACUCUCAAUAUCCAUGACUACCUGACCAAGGGUCAUGAGAUGACAAGCAUUGGACUGCUCCUUGGUGUUUCAGCUGCUAAACUAGGCACCAUGGAUAUGUCGAUUACACGGCUUCUUAGCAUCCACAUUCCUGCUCUCCUGCCCCCAACGUCCACAGAGCUUGAUGUUCCUCACAACGUCCAAGUGGCUGCAGUGGUUGGCAUCGGCCUUGUUUAUCAAGGGACAGCUCAUAGGCAUACCGCAGAAGUCUUGUUGGCUGAAAUAGGACGGCCCCCUGGUCCUGAAAUGGAAUACUGCACGGACAGAGAGUCUUACUCUUUGGCUGCUGGCUUGGCUCUGGGCAUGGUUUGCUUGGGGCAUGGCAGUAAUUUGAUAGGUAUGUCUGAUCUCAAUGUGCCCGAGCAGCUUUACCAGUACAUGGUUGGAGGCCAUAGGCGCUUUCAAGCAGGGAUGCACAGGGAGAAACAUAAAUCUCCAAGUUAUCAAAUCAAAGAAGGAGAUACCAUAAAUGUGGAUGUAACUUGUCCAGGUGCCACUCUCGCUUUGGCCAUGAUCUACUUAAAAACCAAUAACAGAUCCAUUGCAGAUUGGCUCCGAGCUCCCGACACGAUGUAUUUGCUGGACUUUGUGAAGCCAGAAUUUCUCUUACUUAGGACACUUGCUCGAUGCCUGAUUUUGUGGGAUGAUAUUUUACCAAAUUCCAAGUGGGUUGAUAGCAACGUUCCUCAAAUUAUAAGAGAAAAUAGUAUCUCUCUCAGUGAAAUCGAAUUGCCGUGUUCAGAGGAUUUGAAUUUGGAAACUUUGUCGCAGGCACAUGUCUACAUAAUUGCAGGAGCUUGUUUGUCUCUGGGUUUUCGAUUUGCUGGCUCAGAAAACUUAUCAGCAUUUAACUGUUUGCAUAAAUUUGCAAAAGAUUUUAUGACUUAUUUGUCUGCACCUAAUGCUUCUGUAACAGGUCCUUACAACCUGGAGACUUGCCUGAGUGUGGUGCUGCUGUCCCUCGCCAUGGUGAUGGCUGGCUCAGGGAACCUGAAGGUUUUGCAGCUUUGUCGCUUCUUGCACAUGAAAACAGGUGGUGAAAUGAACUAUGGUUUCCACUUAGCCCAUCACAUGGCCCUUGGACUUCUGUUUUUGGGAGGAGGAAGGUACUCUUUGAGCACAUCCAACUCUUCCAUUGCCGCUCUCCUCUGUGCCCUUUACCCGCACUUCCCAGCUCACAGCACUGACAACCGGUAUCACCUCCAGGCUCUCCGGCACCUGUAUGUGCUGGCUGCAGAACCAAGACUUCUCGUGCCCGUGGAUGUGGACACAAACACGCCCUGCUAUGCCCUCUUAGAAGUGACCUAUAAGGGUACUCAGUGGUAUGAACAAACCAAAGAAGAAUUGAUGGCUCCUACACUUCUUCCAGAACUCCACCUUUUAAAGCAGAUUAAAGUUAAAGGCCCACGAUACUGGGAACUGCUCAUAGAUUUAAGCAAGGGAACCCAACACUUGAAGUCAAUUCUUUCCAAGGACGGGGUUUUAUAUGUUAAGCUCAGAGCGGGUCAGCUCUCGUACAAGGAAGAUCCAAUGGGGUGGCAAAGUCUGUUGGCCCAGACUGUUGCUAACAGGAACUCUGAAGCUCGGGCUUUCAAGCCUGAAACGAUUUCAGCAUUCACUUCUGAUCCAGCACUUCUGUCAUUUGCUGAAUAUUUCUGCAAGCCAACUGUGAACAUGGGUCAGAAACAGGAAAUUCUGGAUCUCUUUUCUUCAGUACUAUAUGAAUGUGUGACCCAGGAGACCCCGGAGAUGUUACCUGCAUACAUAGCAAUGGAUCAGGCUGUAAGAAGACUGGGAAGAAGAGAAAUGUCCGAGACAUCUGAACUUUGGCAGAUAAAGUUGAUGUUAGAGUUUUUCAGCUCCAGAAGCCAUCAGGAGCGGCUGCAGAACCACCCUAAGCGAGGGCUCUUUAUGAACUCGGAAUUCCUCCCUGUUGUCAAAUGCACUAUUGAUAAUACUCUGGACCAGUGGCUACAAGCUGGGGGUGAUGGGUGUGUGCACACCUACCUCAACGGGCAGCCCUGCGAGGAGUCGCAGCUGAGCAUGCUGGCCUGUUUCCUUGUCUACCACUCAGUGCCAGCCCCACGGCACCUGCCGUCUAUAGGACUAGAAGGGAACACAAGCUUCGCAGAACUCCUCUUCAAAUUUAAACAGCUGAAGAUGCCAGUGCGAGCUUUGCUGAGAUUGGCUCCUUUGCUUCUUGGAAAUCCACAGCCAAUGCUUAUGUGAUCAUGUCUGGUGGAGGAGAUUUAUACCCUAAUGAAGAAUUGCCCAACAUGAAGCCUGCUCUAAAUAGAGAAAAUAAGAAAUGUCCACUACAGAGAGGUCUUCAGAAAUUAUAUUUUAAAAUAAAAGUUCAGGGGCUUCCCUGGUGGCACAGUGGUUGAGAAUCCGCCUGCCAAUGCAGGGGACACGAGCCCUGGUCCAGGAAGAUCCCACAUGCCGCAGAGCGACUAAGCCCGUGCGCCACAACUACUGAGCCUGUGCUCUAGAGCCCGCGAACUACAACUACUGAGCCCGUGUGCCACAACUACUGAAGCCCAUGCGCCUAGAGCCCGUGCUCUACAACAAGAGAAGCCACGGCAAUGAGAAGCCCGUGCACUGCAACGAAGAGUAGCCCACGCUUGCCACAAAUAGAGAAAAGCCCGCUCGCAGCAUCAAAGGCCCAACACAGCCAAAAAUAAAAUAAAUGAAAUAAAAUAAAUAAAUGUAUUAAAAAGAAAAAAGUUCAUUUCCACCCAGGAUUUAGAGAACAUACGUCUGUAUCAAGUUUCUGGACCAGAUGCUGAGGAAAGGGAUUCGUAUAAAGGUGUCUGCAGCUUCAGGUUUCCAGUCCAGGAAAAAGAAGGCUCCCUGCUGUCCAGAUACUGAUGUGCCCUCUGCCUCCUAAAUGGCCGGUGGGACCGUAAACUGGUCAAAGCUGCAAGGUCCAUCCAGUGAUUUCAUGUUUCCACACCCUGAAUUGUGGGGUUUAGCUUUAAAAGUAAAAAUCAAAGCAAAUAGAAAUGUUUCCAUUGAGAGUUUGACAAAAACCCAUGUGGUGUUUGCUCCUGCAGAGGGGGCUUGCGUCCGGAAGGUGUGCAUCAGUGGUUCUCUUCAGACCUUCACUGUUCCACCUGUGUGCCCGCCCCGGGACUUGCCCCUGCAUGUGAAGCAUAGGCAAGGUGGCUGAUAGGGAGGGUGAAAUGUGCUUCCUUCACACUUAAAGAGUUUUUUCUUGUAAUUAAAAAUAAAAGAAAAAAAUUAAAAUGGUAGAUUAUGGAAAUUCCAUUUGAAUCAGGGCAUAGAGAACUCAGCAUUGGGCAGCUGUUGCUGACUUCACCCUCAAUUGUUUAUAACUUCUAAGCUUUUCUCUGAUUGAAGAAUGACCUGAGUUAUUUGCACACGUAUGAACUCUGGUGUACGAAGGAGAAUAGUCAUUGGAAUGUUGUCAAUGAAAGCAAAAAUCAGGCUUUAUAAGGGAGAGAGCAGGAUGGAAGAUUGCAGAUGGUCUGGAAACAGCAUGGUCUUUAUAUCUGGGGCCUCCCGAGGAGCACAGAUGAUGUUCUGGACACUAUGCUCCCGAGCAAAGAUGUUAGGACCGUCGGAGAAGUCAGUGCCAGCUCUUUGUGGGCUCUCAAAAAAUCUUGAGAAUAUGGCCCUCACCAUCCAGAACGUUUUAGCCUCCUCACAGCCAUGGCAGGGAAGAGCUGGAGAAACGCAUCCAGCUCUGAGUGUUUUGGCCCAGAAGUGGCCCAUGUCACUUCUGGCUACAGCCUGUUAGCAUGAAAUAAAUGCUUCCACCUUGUACGUGUUCUUUCACAAAGGGGAGAACUAGACACUGGUGAGUACUGGUAAUGUCUGUCACAGUAUGAUUCCUCACUUGUCCAUCCAUCUUCUCUGCUUACACAGACGGAAAUGCAUGUCAUUGCCUCCAUAGAUGGACAUGAUUAAAGAAACAGUACAGUCACACACACACUCAGGUUAUUACUGUUUUCCCCAACGGAUGCUGACAUCUGUGCUCCUGGCUCGAGUGUCUUCCAAAGGAGUGAAGGCAUGAACUUGUGGGAAGCUCUGAGGCGUAGACGCCAGGCCUUAGCCGCAGGACUCCAUUGGUGUAAAUAUCACAGAACUGCUCCUUGGUGCUGCGUCAUCUUACUUGAAUAAGGCCACUUUCUCACCCUUUGUCUAGAAACCAGCUGACUUCACAGCAUACGGAGAGGGGCACGUCCCAGCUUAGGGGAUCUCCUGACAUCCUAGAGGAGGCAGGAAGGAGGGGGCUCACAUCACUCAGCCUGGUGGUCAGUGUGCAAACACGCUUGGUGGGAGGCCGGCGAGCCUGCUGGGCUAUAGACAGGCCCGAGCGUGGGAGCCAGCAUUGGACUGGAAGCCAGAGCCUGUGGGAGCCGAGGCAGGAAUUGUCAGAGGAAUGGGCUUGUGAUGAUUCCAAGGGAAGCACAUGCCAAAGCCCAGUCUGAGCGACAGGAGUAGGCCAGGCCGGGAGAGGGUGUUGGGAACUGGGGGAAACUGAAGGCCGUGGACCAAUGUGAGACCAAAGCAGGAAGACUUUGUCGCCUCCUUCAUACAGGGUUGGGGGCCUCUCUUCUGGGUUCCCCAUCCUCAUACUGACCAGAUUUGGGGGAAAAUGCCUCACUGUAUGAAGAUCUCUCCAGUUAAGCAAUGGGGGAAGGGACAGGAUUUGGUCACCUCUGUACCCCUGUGUCUGCAAUUUUUAACCAGCAGUGGAAGGAAACGGAGGUGAGGUCGGAAAUGCAUCUCCUCCACGUGGAGGCCUCUGUCAGCACCUACUGCGCCCGGCAGAUACCCACGCUGGUUCCAAAGCUUCCCAGGUGACUGUGUUUUCCUGCUUCCAAGGCCAGGUUCCCCCUACUCCAAAAUACAUUGGUUGCUUCUCAUUACAGUCACAAGCUUCCGAAAAGUCUUUUUCGAUAAAAGAGCCCCUAAAACCACAUCCUUGAUUUUUGCCUGUGGAUC